AUGGAGGAAAAUCAAGUUUUUCCAAAAGUCGAUGUACACUAUAAUGGUACUUUUGUGCCUAAUCUGUUGGUGUAUUUUGCUCCACAAGUACUACGUCUGAAUGAAGAUGCAAACGAGUUUGGUUUCUCUGAUUUCAUCAAAUAUGUUGAGAAGCUUAUCGAUUUUCAGUGCAAGCAUGUGUAUUACUGUAUACCUGGAGUGAGAUUAAGUGAGGGGCUCCAAACACUACAAAAUGAAUGUGACUACUCUGAGUUUCUUGAGGUUGCAAAUGCUAACAGACAUGUGGAUGUGUAUAUUGACCAUGAUAAUGAACCUCUAUUUGAGUGGAUUCAGAAAGAAGAACCAGACAAUGAAGAACUUGUGUAUUCAGAAGAAGAUGUCGACUCUGUUUUGGCAGAUGAUGAGAACUGUGAACAUGAAGAGGAUGAAUGUGUUACAUCAAGCAAAAGAAUCUUCAAAAGAGCCUAUAAUGAUAAGUUUUUGAACAAGUUAUGUCCAGUACUUGUUGAAGAUGAAUAUGAAAAAGGCAAUGAACUUCCAGCUGUGUACCCUAGGCAUGAUGCUACUCAGGAAUGGAGGAAGAUGAAGCCUGAACUAGGUAUGAGAUUCUCUUCUCCUGCUGAACUUAAGUCAUCUCUUAGUAACUAUGCAGUUGCACAUGGAUAUGACUUGUAUUAUGAGAAGAAUGACAAGGAUAGGUUGCUUGUAAAGUGUUGUAAAGGAAAAAUACCACAAUGCCCUUUUAGACUGUGGGCUUCCUGGAUGAAAGAUGAACAAACAUUUCAAAUAAAUUCCCUUAGAGAAGACCAUAGUUGUUCAAGGACAUUCAAACUUGGGUCAAUUGUGACCUAUAAGUGGAUAGGGAAACAAUUUGUCACUGAUAUUCUGGAGUCCCCUAAAAUUAGUCUGAGGAAGAUGAAAGCUAUGGUAUCCAAGUUAUUCAACAUAAAUGUUAGUGUUGGACAAUGUAGGAAUGCAAAAAGAUUUGCAUUGUGUGAAAUUGAGGGAGUGGUUGAUGGAUGGUUAGAUGGGUGUAGGAAGGUAAUUGGGAUAGAUAGAUGUUUUCUGAAAGGUAUCUGUAAAUGGGAGCUCCUCUCAGCAGUAGGCAGGGAUGGAAACAAUAACAUUUACCCAAUAGCCUGGGCAGUAGUAAAUGUUGAGAACAAGAAUACUUGGAAGUGGUUCUUGGACAAUCUAAUGGGAGACAUAGAUGAAGGGGGAAAUGGUAAUGGAAUCACAUUGAUGUCAGAUGCACACAAGGGUAUAAUGGAGGCUGUGAAAGAAAGAUAA